CUUGCUCCUUUGUCGCCUUGUUGGCGUCUGCUGCCCGUCGUUGCCACGGCAACCGGUACAAGCGGCGCUCAGGCGGCAGAAUACAAGAGGAAGAGAUUGUACUACAACUUUACAAAACCCUGUCAGACCGCACCCAGCACACACUGUGAGCAUUUGAAGGAAUGUUACUUUGAUUUACGAGAAUGAUACCUGGACUCCAAGAGUAGAUUUAUGUUGCCAAAUAAUAACUAGAAACUAGAAACACAAAUAGAAGAUGCCGAAGAAAGAAAAGUCUGCAAAGGCAGCCAAGAAACCACAGGCAAGUUCCACAGCAUGGGAGGAAGGACUACUGGUAGCUCAGAUUGAAGGGGAGCACUGGAGGCCCGCUAUUUACUUUGCGGUGGGUGAGGACCUGGAGAAUGAGAUGUUCCUUGCUGCCCUCUCUGCAGCUAUCGAAGUCCCACUGCGUAAGCUCUUCAGUACCAUUUCCUGGGAAGGAACGCUGAAGCUGAUCUCUGAGCUUGGAGACGUAAAGAAUCAGAAGCUAACCGAUCUCCCUAUGUUUUAUGAGAUCACAGAAACAGCGUGGGCCUUGCUGUCUAAAGGAGAAGAGAUUCCAUUGCUACUGAUGGCUAAACUGCUCAAGUUUCAGGUCCUGUGGCUCAAACAGAAAGACCUUCAAAGUAAAGGCCUUGAAAUGAAAGCUCCAGGAGAGGAAGAGACAACUAUCUCACAAAGUGCUGGCAAGAAAAAAGCUGACAGAAAGUCUGCAAACAAAGGGAAGGCCAAAGUGGAAAGGAAAUCUCCUGAACCACCAGUACCCAAAAAGACCACCAAACUAUUGAAGCGGGGUGAAGUGGAGUUUAUAGAUAGAUGCAUUAAUGACGAGCCUGAUGAUGGUCCUCAUCGCUACAUCAUCAUUCAAGGUUUCCAAAAUCUUCAGCUCCUCCUCCUCUUGGGAGAAUUAGGAAUUGAUAUAUCUGCUGUAAUAAAAAUCCGUUAUGAAAGGAAUAAGAACCCUCCGAAAACGGACAUUAUUGAACCUGAGGAGCAAAUCCCUGAGAUACUUGAAGUUACUGAAGCAGAGAUAGAGCAGAAAGAGAAGGCCAUCAAAAGUCUGGAAUUUUUUUGGAACUACUUGGAGCCAGUUCUGAAUAGUGGAAUUCUUGGAUCUAAACUGUUUGAUAUUGCCAGACUCCAGUGUACUGUGAGAGAGGAUAUGUUACCAGAUGAUUGGACUGAUGAUACAAAGGUGGAGCUGGGUGCAGCAAUAUUUGAAGAUAUUGCUACCAUGAUAUACGAUUGUGAAGAAUGGAGACGACAGUAUAAGAAUUAUGUGCUCAAUGUCAAGAUGAUUACAGUCCCAGAAGCUUCAAAAUAUGAAGAGUUGCUUGGACUUCAGACUCCUAUCAGCAGGUUGAAGCAAUCCUCAGUCCAAUUGUCACUUUCUCCCGAGCCAGACACUUCAACAUACCAACAAGUCGAUAUGAGGUAUUAUAAUGAUCUAAUGAGCCUAAUACCCCUGGAGAGUCUCUCUGUGCCUUUAAUAUUACACUGUGUGUUGGAACAGGUUGUUGCAACGGAAGAAAAUCUAACUCCUCCAUGUGAAAUUGUUCCGAAACCAAGAAAAGAUGGUCUGGAGCAGAGUCUGGUAGAUCAUUUAAUAUCGACUGUGCUUAGUCUCUCCAUAUCUGAAGCUGAGAAAAAGAAAAUUGUUAAAGAGCUCAAGAAGCCCCAACACGUGCCGCAGAAUGUACAGUCCACAGACCCGCCAUCUGCCGAAACAAAACAGGAUGAGGUGACUAAUGAAGACAAGAAUUUUCCGGCAGAGGAAGCCACUGAGCAAUCGAUCCACGAGGAAGAAGAACAGAGCAUAACUGAGGAGAUGAGCAAUUCUGAACAAAUCCAAGAAUAUGUAAAGGUGAAACAGCCCCUCCUUCUUAAUCUCCAUGACACUAUGACACAGCGGACACACCAUCUGAAGGUAAUUCAGGGCUUUGACCCUGCCAAAGUUGAGCAGGAAAUGAUGAAAACGUCACUAGUGGCGACGUCCCUUAAUUUUACUCCUCCUUCUCCUGAACAUGAAGAUAAACGAUUGGCGAAUAUUCAAGACCUUAUGUACCAUUGUACCAGUGAGAAGGUGACGAAUUCUGAAGUGGAAAGAACUUUCAAGCAAUUUUUGUUUGAGAGCAUGAAGUUCACCAAAGUGGAUGCAAAUGGAGAAUUGGAAGAGAAAGGGAACAUGUUGGGGGAGAUGCCUGAAUCGUCAUACAUACCCUGGGAUGACCCUGUCAGGUUUGCAAAGGAAAUGAAAGAAAUUGCUAAUACCAAGAUGAUGCAGGCACCAAACGAUUAUUCAGAGGACCCAUAUACCAAAGGCUCUGAAGAAGGUGACACAUGCCCUUUAAAGGUUAAUAAACAGCGUUCGAGCAAAUGCAAAAGGGUCUGCAAUAAUUCACCCAGUUCAGAACAACUUGCAAAUGAUCCUGAAAUGACGGAGAGGGAAAGCAGAAGAGAGAGUUUAAUUGAAAAGAUUAAAGAUUACAGUCUAAGGAUUGAUAUAGAACAGAUCGAGAAACUGCAGCUCCGAUCACUCACGGAAUGGUGCUAUGCUGAGCAACAUGAUCCAUUAGUGCUGAUGCAGGUUCUUCAGGAAGCGGUGCCAUUUUAUAGAUGUCUGGAUACGUACCAGCACAGGCAGGACAACUCCAUACUAUUGGUCUUACAUAAUCCCAUGAACAAACACCGUAAAUGUAUCCAGUCUUGGGAGGCAGCCCUGCACUCUGAUGUCGGGUUCAGAAAUUAUGUGGAACAUGUUGCUCAUUUGAUCACAGACUGGGUGGAAGAAGAGGAAGUCAAGUACCAGGAGGAGUUGGCAGCCAAAGAAGCUCUGCUGGAAGCUCAGAAAUUACUGCCGCCUCCACCUGAAGUACCUGUAGAACCCGUCCCCACUGCUGAGAAAUUAAAGAGGGGCAAAGCUGGCUCAGGAAAUAAAUCUCAAGCUUUAAAAGUUCAGCCCAAGCCAGAACCAGUUGUUGAAGAGGAAGAUAAAGAAAAAAUGAAUGAAUCUUUCAUUCGUGAAGGAUCACUUAAAGCUUGGAAGAAAGACCAGGAAAAAAUAAAAGACGAUGAGCAGAAAAAGGAAAAAAAAACCAAGAAGGAAAGGCCGGAGAGCAAGAAGAAGGAAGGAAGGGCACAAUUAUCGGCCUCCAAAUCGAUUAAAUCAACAGCAAGAUUAUCAAAACUGGAGACUAAAGUUACUGACGAACCAGCAUCACAACCGACUUUAGCGGCACCUGAGAGAGCACCUGAAGCUGAGCCAGUCGAACAAUUCUACAAGUUUACAGGCUAUAAUUUUGGAAAUGAUGUGGUUCGAGUAGCUGGUGAAGUCAAGUCUCUUUUCCCAGAUGAUGGGGGACACAUUCAAGUGAAAACCACCAACUUCUUACAUGGUUCAACAAUUAUUCAGGUAUGUGUCAUGAAGGAUGGUCACAAUUUCUUCACCUACAUCACAGAUCCCAUGAAGAACGUGGAGGAAAUAGUCGUGCCAGCAGUGAAAUCACAGUCAAACAUUUUUCAGGAAGACGAAGAAAGGAGCCACGUGUCACUCAGCAAGUUUGGGUCAUUCUCAGCUGUACUGGAUGAUGGAAUAAUCUUAACACUUAGUAAAGAUGUCCCUGAAAAGAAGCAGAAGAAAGUUAAAGAAGAUCCAAUAUUGGCUGAAAUUCUGAACAUCCCGCCAGUCCAACUCCCUCGGCCACCUUCCGUCACUCCAUUAUCCACUAUUAAAUUAGAGAAAUCCACCAAGAACAAAUCUACCUCAGGAAAAGGGAAGCAGAAGAAGGAAGCUGUUCUGAGUGUUCCAGUGGAUGAACCUCCACCACCACCAAAGGAGGAGCCAAAGGUGGAAACAGAGCUGCUCGAGAAUGAAGGUGAAGCCUUUCCAGAUGAUGUUCCAGAAGCUCCAGCAUUCUUGUGUUUGAACGCAUGUUCCCCAGAUGGACUGCUGGCAACAUUUUUCACUGGGUUCUCCAUAGGUAUUAACAGUGAAGACGAGUAUGAAGAAAGAAUACUGCUGCGUCAGAGCUAUCCCAUCAAAACGAAAGGCUUCCAGCCGUGUGAGUCAGCUCGGAAGUGGCCUGCAAUGCAGGAAGCAUCAAGAGUCAUUACACUCCAGGGAACAGUGGUGAAGUACAUGAUGGAUGGAUCCACUGAGAUUCUGUUUGCUGAUGGGACUGUGAGCAGAAGUCCAGAUUCAGGUCCUGUUUCCAUUCCCCAACCACCUGCAGACCAGCCUGAACCAGAAAAUCCAGAACCAAAGGAGGAGGAACCAACAAAAGUCAAUGAGGAAGUACCGAGGAAAGGAAAGCAUGGUCAUAUUGAACAACCUGUAUCACGUGCAGAAGAACUUCCUCCUCCAACACCAGUCCCUCCUCCAAUAGAACCUUUGCCUGGUACUUGGAUAACCACUACACCCAUUGGGUUAGUUAUCGGAACCAAAGGCACAGAGAAGUUGGAUAUAAAACCUAUCUUAGUCUACAAAGCCACAGACCCAGGAACUGGAGAGAUAAUGAUUACAAGACAGGACAAGGUAAUUACAGUGUUUGCAAAUGACAACACUAUGGUGGAACAUGCAGAUGGAACUAGGAUUACAACAUUCUUUCAGGAUAUCUCAAUCCCAGAUUCCGUGAUGCAAGAUGAAAAUGAAAAAGUGACCAGGUACGUUAAGUGCAUAAAGGUGGAGUGUGUGGGAUUUGCCACAGCGUUAAUGAACUGGGAUGACUGUUCCUGCUGUGCUGUGUUUGGAAACGGCACAACCAUCAUUGCCAAGCCGCAUGGACUCUACCAGGUUUUUCCAGCAAGUACGGGGACUCUUUUAAUUGACCAGGAUAGCAAUGCUGUAUACACAUCGGGGACCAAUAAUGAUGUUGGAAUGCUCACUACUAUCAAUCAAAUGGAACUGCAGUGCGGUGCUUAUUUUAUGAGAUGUGACUCACCAAUCAUCUGUGAGGUCAUGGAUCUAGAGAAAAAUUAUUUCCAGGUAAUGUUAGAUGGAAAUAUAUUUUCUACCAUUUACAAUGACAAGGAGGAGAGCGAUCACCAACUGGUUAAACAUGAACCCAUCACGUACAGCAAACACAGCCCAAGAUUGUUUAUUCUGCAUGCCGAUGGCUCAGGAACUGAAUUAUUACGAUCAAGUGACGUUGAAGAAUACAUAUAUCAAGCAUGCACCAAUUCAACUACAGCAGUGUUGAAAGAGCAGUUGCCAGAAUACCCAGGUGUCUUGGGGAUUACUUUUCUCAAACCAUCCACUGAGGAUAUUGGAUCACGCUGGUUAAUUAAGAAAGAUGUGGCUAAUAUUAUCCCCCCCAACCUUCAAUCAAGAAGAUGGGACACGUUUCCUCAGAGAGAAUGCAAGGUGCCAGGGCCUCCCGUCGGCAUGCAGCCCUGCGACCAGCCAGCAUCACAGCCAGUCUCCCCAACUCCUGUUGUCAUCAAGUGUCCCCCAGUCCUGGAAGUCCAUCAGCUCUUUCAAUACGAGCCCAUCAACAAAGAAAAGAAGCUCAUGAUGCAGAACUGUCUGAAGGAAUACAUAGAGCUUAUUCUACGGAGGGAGCGUGCGGAGCAUGAGAUGAUGCUGAAGGAACCACGCAGUGAAGAAGAGGUUGCCCACGCUGCUGAUCUACUCAAAUUGGUUCAGUCCUUCCCUGAAGAUGAUGUAUGCCACAUGGAAGAGAAGGAAGCAGGCAAAGUUGAUGUUGCCUCAAUUUAUGAGGAAGCGGUGGCAUCCACUUACAUGAAUAGACCAGAGAGGGACACAUGUGUGUGGACAAAAGUAGACACUGGGAGGACCACCAAACAAGAUUAUAUAUCCCAAUGGCCACAGAAAAUUGCACUAUACAGACAGGAGCUUGAAGAAGAAAAAGUCUCCAUACUGGCUCUGGAGAAUAUGAUUAUCCCACCAUACUUUCUUUCUGACGUGAACAAGGCUCUCGCCACAACCCAGGCAUAUGGUAUGAGUUAUUCACCCAAUCGCACAAUGACAGCUCCAAGUUCAUCAGAUUACCCUGAUUCAGAUGUGGGUGCUACAAACAGAUUACUCUACCAAACAUCACCCGAUGAUGCAGAGACUGGCACCUGUAGUCUUAAAAGAAGAGACAACCCACCUCAAGAGACAGUGGGUGCUCAGUACCAAAGUUUCACUGCAGAUGUUGCCAACAACACAACAAAGCCUUCCCCAUCCCAUGGAAUGGAGCCAGACACCUGCCCCCUCAAAAGAAGAGGCAGCCCCGCGCAUCAGGAGAUGACCUCUCAGUUUCCAUACCCCAAUACAGAUGUUGCCGACAGCCCAGCAAAGCCAACCCAGGCCCAUGGAAUGGAGCCAGACACCUGCCCCCUCAAAAGAAGAGGCAGCCCAACACAUCAGGAGGUGACCUCUCAGUUUCCAUACCCCAAUGCAGAUAUUACUAAGGGCCCAGCCCCAGCUCCAGCUCCAGCUCCAGCUCCCGGGAUGGAUUCCGGCACCUGCCCCCUCAAAAGAAAAGAAAGCUCAUCACCACAGGCGACAGUGAUCUCUCAGUAUCACGAUCCCAAUCCAGAUGUUACUCACAGCCCAGCAGAUCCAAUGCCAGCUCGUGGAAUGGGGACAGGCACUUGCAGCUUCCAAAGAAAAGAUAGCUCCACUCAACAUGCGAUUGUCUCUCAACAACUGUACUCCAGACAGGAAAAUAACAGACUGACACAGUCAGCUCCUGCUCAUUACUCAGUGGCGGACACAUGCAGCCUCAAGAGAUCAGGCUACCCAACACAGGAGGCUUUCGCACAAGGUCAAUGUUACAAUCCAGAAAACAAUAACGGACUGACCCAGCUAUCUGCCGCUCAUCACUCAGUGGCGGACACAUGCUGCCUCAAGAGAUCAGGCUGCCCAACACAGGAGGCGUUCCCUCAAGGUCAAUGUUACAAUCCAGCAAAAUCUGUUGGGCAUAGAAUUGUUGAACAGGACCAGUGCUCUCCGAAAUCAAACAACCCUUGCUCCUUGCACAAACCACUUUCCAUUCCUGCGAAUAAAUUGAAAGAUAUCGGGGCAAUGAAUGGAAUGGUGGAAUACAAGCCAGAAGAGUUACCAGGUGAUGGAAGUAACCUUAUAUUCCACAAAAGCCUGGUGCUUGAUGUAGCCAACCAGCCACGGAAGGAGAAGGUGAAACUUCCAGCAGCCAUUUUGAGUUCAAAGCCAUUUUCGCUGCCUAAUCAGAGGUUUGCAGUUAUAGAAGAGCCAGUCAGAAGAAAAGUCAAUACAGUUUCUGUUGCUGGACCUGUAGCGGGUGGUCUGUGGAAGGAACCAACACGAGGCUUUGAACUGUUCCCAAGGGAGGUUAAUUUUGGUAUCCUACAAGAAGGCUUCACCUACGCUUACACUAUUUUACUGAAGAACGUUGGAAUAGACUCUUGCAGAUUUCGAGUGAAACAGCCUCCACCAGCCACUGGACUCAGAGUGUACUAUAAACCAGGACCCGUAGCAGCAGGCUUGAAGACUGAUAUGGAGAUUGAGCUGUACGCCAUAGCGAUUGGUCUGGAGUGUACUGAAGGCGCAGGCUACCUUUGUCAUCACUUGGGCAUCCAGACUGAGGCAGAGGAAUUGUUCCUCCCCAUUACUGCAACAGUUUUAACAGAAAGCGUUUACAAGUGUAGACCGGUGGAAUUGCCAAAGGGUGGAAUGUGUGCAGGAGUGAGACUGAUGUGUACUGACCCCACCUAUCGCACAGACAUCACUCGUUCUCACAAAGUUCUGAAAACAGAUGCAGUUGGGAGCUGCGUCUCAUGUGGAACCUGACUUAUCAUGAAACGGACAAUUUUCAUGCAAUUUCCACCCAUUUUCAUGAAUUGCCUAACAAUUCAAACCAACCAUUGUUAAAACUUCCGAUGCAAACAUUUUCUUGCUGUGUCCAAAUAAAAAAUAAUGUAACCCCAAA